CGGUCAGGGAGGUUAACCGUUCACCUCCCAGAGCACCAGAGAUGACGUCAGAUGAUGAUAACCGCCUAAAGGAACUGGUGAGGAUGUGUUAUCAUGAUGGGGUGAUGCCUAUUGAUAUCGACCCUGGGGAGAUGAUGGUAGAGGGUAGAGAGGUGAGAUUUAAAGUUAACGUGGCCCUUGACCAGGCAAAAAUUGCAUGGCUUAAGGAACACACAUUUACAUUCAUCUUCAGAGCUGGAGCAAGGUUUCUGCCGAGGAACGUCAAGGACGAUCUUGUUCGGGCGUAUGAAGACAAGCAAGUUGCUGAUGGCAGCUUCGAGGCAGGUUCGUUUCAGCGCGGAAGAAUUAAAAUCGGAUCUCCUAAUGUUAUCUCCUACGUGGCCAAAUCGCGGGAAAUCGCAAGUUGGUUGGUGAACAAAGGUGCUGAUGAGCUGACGGUGGGUUCACAACGAUACGUCUUCGAGUUUAAGCCAUGGUUGACUAAGGCGCAGUUGCUUGCACAAAGGAGAGUUGAAGAUGAGGAAAACUUUUGGGUUGUUGCUGUGCAAGUUCCUCUUAACGCCUUUUUUUACUUGGAAGGUGACUUCAUUCACCCAUGCGUGGUGAAGGAAGCCCGCUUACCCACGACAAGGUCUCCGACUCCCAUCUCCGUUACCCUAGGGGAUGACAAGACCCAGCGCUUCUUCGAUCAGACGGUCACCGACCUCCCCUUCUUUCUCACUCUCGAGCCGACUGAUCGUUCCCCGGCGUCUCGUCGCCACCACUCCUCUGCACAUUUCGAUGUGAUGGAGACGGGGUACGACUUCAUUCUCGGCACUCCGUGGUCUCGUCGGUUCCGCAGCACCGAGGCCGAUUGGGCGACCAAUACUCUCAUUCUCAAAACGAAGUGUGGACAAACGUAUCGCGUACCUUUCAUAGGUACCACGGCGACACCACGCCCCGAUCCUCCUCCCCCGGAGCCUUUAGUGCCCACACCAUCUCCCUCUAUCACUGUCACCUCGCCUCAGCAGUUCGCUCACUUCAUUCGACAGGACGACGUCACCUUCUUUAUGGUGGACGUGACGGAUCUCUUACACUACGAUCCACCCUGUCCCGACGCCGAGAUUAUCCCUCUGGAGCCAGAUCCUCCCUCUAUCUCCGUCGCUCCCAUCUCUACUUCCGUCCCUCCGCCGUCCGUCGAGUCCACCCCGUCGUCGCGCGCUGACGCUGACGCUGAGGAACUCGCACGAUAUACGGCUGACUUGGAGCCCACAGUUCGUGACCUCAUCCGAGAGUACCACUCCGUUUUCCCAUCAUCGUUCGCGUAUGCCGGCAUCCCACCGAUGCGUGACGUCGAGCACUCCAUUCAGCUUGUGCCUGACUAUCGUGUUCACCACCAGGCACCCUACAGACUCUCGAUCCCCGAGGCCACCGAACUCAAGCGUCAGCUUGAGGAGCUCAUGAGACAAGGUUUCAUUAAACCCAACAACUCCCCGUGGGGUGCAUCCGUCCUCUUUGCUCGCAAAGCAGACGGAACUCUCCGUCUCUGCAUCGACUAUCGCGGUCGCAACCGCUACACGAUUAAGAACAGCUACCCCAUGCCUCGUUCCGAUGAGCUGUUCGACCGCCUAGCAGGCAACCGCUUCUUUACGAAGAUUGAUCUUCGUAGCAGUUACCAUCAGAUCCGCGUCGCUGCAGCCGACCAGCCGAAGACCGCAUUCCGAUCGCGAUUCGGCCACUACGAGUUCACGGUGAUGCCAUUCGGCCUCACUAAUGCUCCCGCUACCUUUCUGAGGGUGAUGAAGGACAUCUUCAGGGACAUCCUGGAGCAAUACGUUCUCGUCUACCUCGACGAUAUCCUGGUGUACAGUCGUACCCUUGAGGAGCACCUCAGACAUCUCCGCGACGUCCUUGACCGCUUGCGCAGACAUGGCUUCUACGCCAAGCUGAGCAAGUGCUGCUUUGCCCAGCACAAAGUGGAUUUCUUAGGACACUACGUGUCUGACCAGGGUCUCCACAUGGACGACGCGAAGAUCACUGCUAUUGCGGAGUGGCCCGCUCCCACAUCCGCCAAGCAGCUUCGCAGCUUCCUAGGCCUGACCAGCUACUACAGCAAACAAUGCCUUAAAAAGCAAAAACAUCCUCAUAAUGGUAAUACUGAUAAUGAUUAUGAUGAUGGCAAUGACGAUGAUGAUGUUGAUGAUGAUGAUGAUGCUGAUGCUGAUGAUGAUAACUAUGAUGAUGAUGAUGAUAACGAUGAUGAUGAUGAUGAUGACGCACCAAAGAUGAUGCACAAUGAUAAUGUCAGUAAUGCUUUUGCUGCUGCUGAUGCUGCUGCUGCUGAUGAUGAUGAUGAUGAUGAUGAUGAUGAUGAUGAUGAUGAUGAUGAUGCUGACGCACCAAUGAAGAACGCUGCUGCUUCUGCUGCUGCUGAUGUCAAUAACGCUGCUGCUGUUGUCAAUAACGCUGCUGAUAUCAAUAAAGCUACUUCUGUUGUCAAUAACGCUGCUGAUAUCAAUAAAGCUACUUCUGUUGUCAAUAACGCUGCUGAUGUCAAUAACGCUGAUGAAGAUGAUGAUGAUGAUGACACACCAAUAAAGAUGUCAAUAACGCUGCUGCUGUUGCUAAUGGUGAUGGUGAUGAUGAUGACGCAAGUUUGCCGUACCCACUCUGCUGGAACCAAUAAAGCACGCCAGCCUCCAUGCUGAUGAUGAUGAUGAUGAUGACGAUGAAGAUGAUGAUGAUAAUGAUGAUGAUGAUGAUGAUGAUGAUGAUGAUGAUGAUGAUGAUAAUGAUGAUGAAGAUAAUGGAGAUGACAACCUGACGAUUAUACUUCCUCCAUACGUAUUGAAGAGUACCUGCAUCGGAUUUAUAGUAGUUCGUGAUCACUACCUGCUGUGCAAUUUACACUC